AUAUGUCAGCUUUCCACCAUUAAAGCAUAGUUUGGUGGCCUUGCAACAACAGGAGAUAGAUUGUAGCUGUAAAAAGCAAAGAGAAAGAGAAGAUGGAGUUUGUGGUGGGCGCUUCCGAGGCCACCAUGAAAUCUCUUCUGGGCAAGCUGGGCGGCCUCCUUGCCCAGGAGUACACUCUGAUCCGUGGCGUCCGCAGCGAUGUCCAGUAUAUCAAUGAUGAGCUCACGACGGUGCAGGCCUUCCUUGGUGACAUCGGCUCAGCCCCAGAAGGCCACGACCGGCGGCUCAAGGACUGGAUGAAGCAGAUACGUGACAUGGGAUACGAUAUGGAAGACUGUAUCGACAACUUUGCCCACCGCCUCCCAAGUGACUCACUCAGCGAUGACACAUGCUCGUUCGUAGUGAUGAGGUUCUAUGAGCUGCGGACGUUCUGGCCUCGACAUCAGAUUGCUUCCAAGAUCUCCGACCUCAAGGUCCGGGCGCAACAGAUUGCUGAUAGACGCGUCAGAUAUGGACUGGACAACCCAGCCCCAACCAAAGGCAACAGCACCAGCUCUGGCACUGGCAACAUUUGCGAGCACCUGAUGGCUAGCCGCCAGCUCAUCCACACAAAAGAGCCUGUGGGAGCAGUAGAGGACAUGAAGAAGCUCAGGGAGUGGCUAACGAAACACAAUGGCCCGGAAAGGCAACGAUCUGUUCUGUCCUUAGUCGGAUUUGGUGGUGUUGGAAAGACCACCAUUGCCACAUCAUUGUACCGGGAAUUCAGGAACGAAUUCGACUGCUGGGCAUCAGUCACUGUCUCUCAGAACUAUGAUGAAGAUGAUGUCCUCAGGAAUAUUCUGCAUCAAAUCAAGACACCAGAUAUUCUGGGCCAAAGCAAGCUGCGAGACAUGGAACAGGAGCAGCAAGGCCGAAAAAGCUCAUUGAAGCGAUUUGUGACACUGAUAUGCUGCCACAUGAGCAAGAAAGUUGCUGUUGACGAGCAGAAAAGACCCGUGGAUGAAAAGAGGGAUAUUCAUGGUGAAAUCGAGCAACAGGACCGCACGAAGCAAGGCGGCAGCGGAGGAGGUUUGCCAGAAAGGAAGAAAAACAUAGCGGCAGAUAUUGGAAGUGCAAUAAGUCAAUAUGUGCCACUGAUCUGCGGUCUCAGCAAGCAAGUCACUGACAACAGCUCUGAUUUCACCAAUAAGAAGAUAGAAACACUGGACCACGACCAACUUAUCAGAGUACUGCAAACACGCCUGACUGGAAAGAGGUAUCUCCUUCUCAUUGAUGACGUAUGGUCCGCAGAAACAUGGGACAAAAUUAGAAUUUGGUUGCCAUAUGACAAUACAAAAGAUAGCCGAGUAAUAGUGACUACAAGAUUUCAAGCUGUUGGUACAGCUUGCUCUGACAGAGAAGGAACUGAUCUUUUGCAUACAGUUAAUGUUCUUAGUCCUGCCGACUCCAGAAGUCUAUUUGAUCAAAGUGUUUCUAAAGCACAAAGUAGUGAUGCAAGGGACACAGUGGUUGGCUUGGCCUGCUCCAAUGAAAUGAGCACUGAUACUCACAAUACAGUUGAUGAACAUACCAAUGACUCAAUAAAUCCACUUGAUCAUAGUGUUUUUGAAUUCAAAAACAACAAUGGCAGAGAGAACAAAGAGGUCGCGGGGAAGAUUUGGGAAUAUUGUGGGGGUCUGCCUUUGGCCAUAGUCACCAUGGCUGGUCUUGUUUCUUGCAACCCAGAACAAACUGAUGUGUAUUGGAGUAAAAUUUUCCAGGAAUUUUUUCCAGAGAAGGUGGCUCCUCUUACUUUGGAUGGAGUCACAAGGAUACUGGAUUAUUGCUAUAAUAAUCUGCCUCCAGAACUCAGGACCUGCUCGUUGUACUUGAGUAUAUUUCCAAAGGGUAUGACAAUUAGUAGGAAGCGCCUCACCCGGCGGUGGAUAUCCGAAUGCUUUGUGACCGAGAAGCAAGGGCUAACUGCAGAGGAAGUGGCAGAAACAUAUUUUAAUCAGCUAAUUAGCAGGAAGAUAAUACGUCCUGUUGAUCACAGCAGCAAUGGAAAGGUCAAAUCCUUCAAAGUUCAUGACAUGAUUCUUGAAUAUAUCGUGUCUAAGUCAAGUGAAGAGAACUUCAUCACUGUUGUUGGUGGCCAUUGGCUGCUGCCAGCUCCUAGUUACAAAGUCCGUCGACUCUCCAUGCAAAGCAGUGUUUCCAAGCAUGGGAGUUCAACAAAAGGUAUGAAUCUGUCUCAAGUGCGGUCACUGACUGCCUUUGGAAGCAAGAACCAACGAUUGCCUUUCCAUUCAUUCAACAAUGGAAUAAUACAAGUGCUGGAUCUUGAGGGUUGGAAAGGUUUGGAACAGAAGCAUCUGAGUGACAUUUGCAGAAUGGUUGUGCUCAAGUAUUUGAGCCUCCGGCGAACAGAGGUGAGAGAGAUUCCAUCACAGAUCGAAAAGCUAGAGUACCUUGAAACUCUUGACAUAAGGGAGACCAAUGUUGCAGCACUGCCUAAAAGCUUUGGGCGGCUCAAACUGCUCCGUAGCAUGCUUGGGGGGAGUAAAUAUCCACGGAAGACACUCAAGUUGCCUCAAGGGAUAAAUAACGAGCCGAUGAAAGGACUCCGUAUACUGUCAGGGAUUGAGAUCACUGAGGAGUCAGUAGCAGCUGUAGCAAGCCUUCACCAGUUGACAGGGCUAAGAAAGCUUGGCAUUUACAAGCUCAAUAUAGAGGAGGGUAGUAAGACCUUCAAGCAAUUGGUCUCCUCCAUUGAGUACCUCUGCAGUUGCGGUCUGCAGACUCUAGUAAUAAAUGAUGAGCGCUCUGAGUUUAUCAACUCAUUAGACUCCAUGUCCGCUCCUCCAAGGUACCUCAUUGCCUUGGAGCUGUCUGGCAAAAUGGAAAAGCCCCCAAAGUGGAUCGAAAAUCUCAGUAAUCUAUACAAGCUGACACUUUCUGUGACAGUUCUUAGGACUGAUACUUUCCAGCUCAUCCAGAAACUGCCCAAAUUGUUUUGUCUCACCUUUACACUCAGUGCAGCCAGGGAAGAUCAGGACAUAGUGGACAUCCUUGAGGAAAAUAAACAGCUGACAGAUAGGGAGAUCAUUGUUCCACCUGGUGGAUUUGAGAAUCUAAAGCUGCUCCGCUUCUUUGCAACACUGGUACCAAGGAUAAGCUUUGCAGUUAAAAAAAAUGAAAAGGUAAUGCCAGCACUCGAGAGGAUCGAUAUGCGGUUUCUAGCCUUUGAAGGGAUUUACGGCAUCGAGACUCUUGAAAUGCUCCAAGAGGUUCAUCUCAGCGUCGAUAGUCAAGCAGAUGAUAUAACCAAGUUGCUGGUAGAUGAUCUGAAGGAUGCCCACAAGCACAUUGACAAAGAGAGCACUUAUAAGUGCCCAAAAAUUAUCACUGGUUGAUGAGACUGGAAGCACCUACAGAACAUCUGGUACUGUAUUAUUCAGUGGAGAUUUUUUUUUUCUUUUACCGAAAUUUGCAUCGCCUUGUUUGUGGGCAAAAUAAAACAGACUAAUGCAUCCUGUGGUUGUGUUCCAUCCAUUGCUGAAUUCUUGUAAUUUGUACUCCUGUGGUAUUGCUACAUCCAUUAUUCAUUAUUGCAGUUUGUACUUGUAUGGUACUGACAU